AUGCCGUGGCCGUUUGGGCGCAAGAGCGGAAGAGCCGCUAAAUUAAAAGAGGGUCGUUCCGCGGUUACGGACAGGAGCGGGCCUGUCGCAGAACAAACCAUCACGACUCAGGGCCAGGGCAGCGAUGCCCUGCAACAUAGGACCAGCCAGCGCAGCGGACGCCGGCGCAGGAGGAGUUCGCGCUCCACAACGUCUUUGCGCAACGUCGAGAAGAAUCCUUUCAGCGACCCACCGCUCGACCCUGGCCUUGCCAAAGAGACGCGUCUGCCCAACCCAAACUCGAGUGCUGAAGACAUCACCGCCCUGCCACACCAGCGCCUCCUCGCCCACAGCCCGCACUUGCGACCCGUCACCCAGGACUUCAGUGGCGUGCCCUAUAACUUUCAUUCUCCCUCCCACACCAGCCUGCGCACGGCAAGAGAGCGGGGGAAGCUACAGCGACCCCAGUCACUGCGCAGGGGUCCUCCCAACGAAACAUCCCUGGUCCCCCGUAAAUCCAGCAAGAGGCGGAAAGAGCAUGAUCAUAUACGCGAAGAGGAAAUCCGCGCGAUGACUCUACCAAUGCCACAGAAACGACCUGCCGGGAACUCUGGCGGCAUGCUGCGUCGAGAGAGCAAGAAGGUCAAGGGCGGCCUUAACGCACGCUUCGAACGCCCACAGUCCAACAUCUCGCUGCCCCUGGAAGACUCGAUUCACUCGUCCAUGUCCGGCAGUUCCGAACUUCGUGCCUUCCGCGUCAGCGCCCUCGAUAUCUUCGCACCACGACCGACCAUCCGCUUUUCCGUCGGCUCGCAAUACUACUACAGUGGCGACCGUUCGUCGCCAACUGCUCGCCUAGAAAGAGGCAAUUCCCGCCGGGAAAGGAGGCCCAUUAGUUCAAAAGAAGACAAGCGAUGGAAAAGGACAAGCAGGAUCGACGACCUCGCCGACACACUCGAUGCCGGUGCAUUGCGAGAGAUCCUCGAUAGGGACAAGCGGCGUCAAGAGAAGAAGGCAAAGGCAGACCAAGAGCGUCUGCGUCAUCGCCUUGAACGACGUGCAGAGAAACAGAAUGCUGCUGUAGGUGGCACACCACCAAUACCUACUCGGAGUGAUACCGUAGGAGCAGUUGGACUUGGCAUAGAGAAAGAAGUCGCAGUACCCAAGCCGGAGCCCGUACAAGAGCCGGUAGUGCCAAUGGAGGAUGUACGUCCAGCAACACCAUCGACACCGCCAUGGCUUCGUCCGCUCACACCGCCGCCUCUACACCAACUCGAGACCUUGGAGCCUACCACUCCUGCUGGCAAUGACAACAGUCAAUUGCCCACCCCCAUAGAGACACCAAUGGAGGACAUGAUCAUCUCAGAUGCUCAAGCCGUCCGCUACUCUCGAGGCAACAUUGCCGGUCCUGUUCACACCCGUGGACCAUCCAACGUUUCUAUGAUGCCAGAAUUGCUCUCCGAGAAGCUGGCCGAAGAGUCGCCCUUCGAAUCAGUCGAGCCACAUUACGACCCUACGAGAAGCGGGUCGUUACAUCCUGUCGAGACUAUUGAUACAACAACAUCCAACAAGGGCUCUAGUUACCGCCGACGCAGCUCGGAUGGACGACGAAUGAGUGCAUUUGCGUCCUUCUUCCGACGAGGCAAGCGAAGCUCUCAAGAGCCAGGUCGUGCCACACCGUCAGAAGCUUCCUUUUCAAACACUUCGCGGGAAUCGAUGUCUCGCCAGCCACUUCCAGCUCAUCUGGUCGCAACUGUACCGACCGCCCCGAUCCAGAUUAAGAGACCGUCCAGCGUUCCUCGCCGUACAAUGUCCAAGUUUAGAGAAGACUUGCCCGAGUUUCCCAUCUCUCCACCCGACUCCCGGGUGGCAUCACCAGAAGUACCUUCGACGAGUGCAAUUGCUGCACGUCGUCGAAUUCACAGCCCAGCAGACCUCCGUGUGGGCUCAAUUGGGUUGGCAGCCAAUGCUCGUUCAGACUCGCCUGUGAGCCCAGGUCUACCACUUGGCAACAAGAUGUCACAGUCGCUCGCAUCAGUGGACUCAGAGGGGUCUUGGCUGUCAGGCAAGCCGGUCAAGCGCAUUUCAAACAAAUCCAUGAUGCGGUCCAGCGUUGCCUCUUCGGCUGUCCAGCAAAACCCUGACUUCAACAACUCCUUUGAAGAGCUGGGAAUGGCAGAUGACGAGUACUUCAAAAGAUUAACACCUCAGCCAGAUGAGCUACGCCGAUCAAACCUGUCGAGCGAGCUCCUGGGCAGGAAAGCCAGCAGCACUGCCAUGGCGACUCUCGAUGCUGCCGCCGAAUCUGACGAAUCUGACGAGCUCACCCCAUCCGCCCGACAGCCCGAAGACAGCGAGCAUGUCAAGGACGGUGUUGCCCGCCAACCUACCGUUGUGCACCGAAAUGUCCGAGUCAAAUCUACGGAAGGCCUACUCACCAUAUUUGAUGCGGAUGCGCCAUCACCCGAGGAAACCCGGAAGACACUUAGCAUGGAACCAGACUCGCCACAGUCAGACAAUUCAGGCGAGCAAGUCACGGUACAACGUGCGAAGAGCGUGGACUUUGGCAAACAUCACGUGCAGCACCUUAGUGCCGGCUCUGCUAAACUUUUGGACAUUCAAAAGCGA